AUGAUCAAUACAUGGAACAUGCACGCAUACAAGACUUCCGAAGAAGCCACCCUGAUCCAAUCCUGGCAACAGCACUGGUGGUUUGAUGAUAAAAGUCAGUUCGAAAAUGCGUCUGUCGAGCAGCUUCGAAAACACCACAAAACCACAUGGCUUGCUAGCCUAUCUGAGAAGGAGAGGAGACGAUACCGGCCUGAACAACUUAUGUUCUUUGUCGUCGACAAGGAGGUGCUGGACAGUGUUCGCCCGCACAGCACCGACUUAUCAGAACAUCAAGGCGACUACCCUUAUCUCAAAGCUUGGGACUCAAAUUCUCCUGCUGCAGAUGACGGCGAUUAUCCUGGUUGGAUGAAUGUCAAAGUACCUGUUCUUCGUGAUCUUUACGAGAUGGCUGUAUUUUUAGAUGCGGAAACUAUGCGAGCGCUUCGCUCCAGGUCUAGGGAUUAUUUCAACAGCUACCUUGUUCACAUGGAAGACGACCACUUUGGAGACCAGGAAGAGGAGGAACAUGCAGAGGAAGAAGGAGGUCCUGCUUAA